UUACAUAAUAAAAGCUAGUGUAGAUUAGGACCGAUCAGAGCGAGAUCUUCUCCACGUAGGGCAUUCCUGAGCAAGACAGGCCCAAUCGCACAACCUUAGACAUGCGAUUGGCACUCGCCAAAAAUUCUAGUUAUCUCGACUCGUCACUGAUAGCGAAGCUCCUUAUAUGGGGGGCAACCCGCUCCCGCUUUCUUGGCGAUAAGAAGCCACCAAUUACAAUUUGGCGAAAAGAGAGCCUCUCCCUAUAAAUACAGCCCCCACUCGCCGACGUCGGGCAAAUCUAAAAUCGGCAGCUAGCAAGAGACACCACCUAAAACAACGAAAGUAACACGGCAGAAACGGGCCGAAUAAAGUGAAUUCCAUGCCAAAGCGAAACGGAAUACAAGUGAAGUGCUAUCGAUACGCCAGAACAAGGGCGAAAAGCUAAGAAAACAAGAGUCGCGCCCCCUAAGAACCCAACCAAAACCCAUAUAACCGUCAAAAUUACUUACUACUACUCGACGAAUUCGUGCGGCGCGUGCAACCAGAGCGAGGACAUCAUGCUUUUAUCCUACCGAUGCAUCUACUCGGUCCUGCUGUCCACCAUAGCCAGCAUUAUGGUGGUUCUAAGCUCGGCCUCCUCCGGCUCCCUCCAGCUGCCCACAGUUCGCAAAUGUGGCGGUGGCGGAGGAGUCGGUUCAGCCCACACAAUGGCCAUGAAUUUGGCGGCCUACGGGCUGCUGGAGAACCGGAUUAGCACUCUGGAAGCACCGCGACAAACGCACUGGAGCAAAAAGUUCCUGGCCAAGCGGGAGGCUACGCCCCAUUCGGCGCCAUAUGUGGUCAGCAUCCAGAUGAUGACACCGGAUCAGGGACUGGUCCACUACUGUGCCGGCACCGUGAUCAACGAGCAUUGGAUUUUAACAGCGGCGCACUGCCUCAGUUCUCCUCAGGCUGUGGAGAACUCAGUGAUUGUGGCGGGCAGUCAUGACAUUCACGACCAGAAGGGCGAGGCGAGCAACAUUCAGAUGCGACACAUCGACUACUAUGUGCGGCAUGAGCUUUAUCUCGGCGGAGUGAAUCCCUAUGACAUCGCUUUGAUCUACACCAAACAGCCGCUGGUCUUUGACGCCUACGUCCAGCCAGCCACGUUGCCGGAGCAGGAUGCCCAACCCGAGGGCUAUGGCACUCUCUAUGGCUGGGGAAAUGUCUCGAUGACGGCAGUGCCCAAUUAUCCGCAUCGCCUGCAGGAGGCCAACAUGCCCAUCCUCGACAUGGAGCUCUGCGAACAGAUCCUCGCCCGCUCGGGUCUUCAGCUGCAUGAGACCAAUCUCUGCACUGGUCCUCUCACCGGAGGCGUUAGCAUCUGCACCGCUGAUUCCGGUGGUCCGCUGAUCCAACAGUGCUGCGAGGAGCACUUCGAACAGGCCAACAUCGUCAUCGGCAUCGUGUCGUGGGGCAAGAUGCCCUGCGGCCAGAAGAACGCCCCCUCGGUCUUUGUCCGCGUCUCCGCCUUUACGGACUGGAUCAACCAGGUCAUCAGCUCGGCCACCCAGAUCAUGUAGGAUCAUGAUCAUCGGAAAGAUGAUCAGAAAUUAGCGCUCGAAUGUGAAGAUAUCGAAAAGUAAAAUAUACCAAAAAAAAACACAAAAGAUUCAAGAAAAAAUCCCAAGAAAAAUGUAGAUUCUCUAGAUAAUCUCACUAGGCAUUUAAGUUGAACAAAUAACUAUACAUAUACUGCCCUGAUUCUAGUAAUUUAAGACUUAGUUUAAGACCGCAAAAAAAAUGAAUAAAAUUGUGAAUAUUUAAAUGG